AUGUCGAACGACCCGUUCGUCGAUUAUUCCCAGCUUUUAUCGCACCUUUUGACAGACGAAGGUGAUCUGAAUGACGGUGUGGUCUCUUUCCUGUACCAUUUGUUUCCAGGAGACCUUUUUGUAAGAGCUAUGUCGCUGUUGGACUCUAGAGACAUGUUUAUCUACUUGUUCGACAAAGCGCAAGGCACUUGCAAGCACAGCGAAAGUACUGAAACCGAACCCGAUCGUGAUCCAUCCUUGUCUACGUCGCACAAUUCAGAGGAUAGAGUCGUGAAAAAGGGCUUGGAACAAAAUCAAAGAGACUUUACUCCGGAAACAACCGAACCUCUCUACUUACAAACUGCAGUGGAUCGAAAGCUCGACGCAAACAGUGUUCAAAAUGAAACUACGAACUCCCGUGAAUCAACGGCGCCGCCAUCAACCAGCAAUGUUUCAUCCGGCAUCGAAGAAAAAAAUAUGGUUGAAGCGCUAUACGAUCCUGCGCAUAAGAUUAUGAACAGAUUGGUGGUCAAACAAAACAACGAGCAGACAUCACCUAUAUGUGUGGAUCUUGAACGAUGGUUUUGCUCUUGCGAAGAAUUCAACGCCCAAUUUCUUCAAAAUGUUGUCAAUUGCACCAGCGCAGGUCCUACCGAUCAAAGUACGCUCUACUCUCGAGCAGUACAAGACCUCGACACCAAGCAUUCACCGCCACGAUCGGACAGGUUCGCCCAAUUGCCCCACAAUCCGACCGAUCAAGUUCAACGCUACUUUCGUCACGAAAUGGCGAUGUGUCCUCAUCUAUUGGCAUUUGGCAUCCUUCUUCAAACAUCCACUCGUAUCCUCGCCUACUUUACCCAUACAAAUAUGACGGUUUACCUGAUCACAGUGCAAAACUUGGACGAGUGGUUAAAUUUGCAUUUGAAUGUGGUAGACUAA